GAAAAGAUGUUAUCCCGGUUAAGAGUAGUUGCCAGUCCUUAUAAUUUGGUAUGUCGUCAUUUGCACAGAAAAGAGAAAGGCAAGCCACUUAUGUUGAACCCAAGAACAAACAAGUGCAGAUUUGAAGUUUUUAGAGCUCAGUACCAUCAGUCAGAACAAGGUUAUGGGCCAGCUGUGGAACAGACCAUCAGUUGCUCAUAUGCAAGUUGAAGUUGAAGCUGAAGAAAAUUAAAACAAGUCCAUGAAAGCCAAAGUAUGACCUUGAGUAUAUCUCACCUGAGUUUAGAGGCUAUCUCAGGCAUAGAUUUGACGCACUGAAUGCUAAUUACCGAAGACCAGAUGAGUUGUGGGGUGACAUCAAGGACAUCAUACAUGAAGAAGGAUGACUUAAAAGAUAGGAGGAAAGAAAGAAAAGACUAAAACAGAUGUCAGAAGAGACUGUGAAACUUGCCCUUGAAGGUAGAGUAGCUAAAGCGAAUAGAAGAAAUGAUCACGUAAAAGAGCUAAACAAAAGAUUUCAAAGGGCAGCUAGAGAAGACAAGUAUUAUAAUGAAAUGUGGAAAAACCUGAAGUUAGAAAACCAGAAGGGAAGAACAUACUUAGCAUUUCUCAAGCUGAAGGAACUGAAGAAAAAAGUCAAGCCUCAAGUUGCAAUAUUGAAGGAUUCUCUGGGCAAAAUAUUGAAUGACGCAGGAAGCAUCCAAAGAAGAUGAAAGGAAUGUACAGAGUCACCGUACAGAAAAGAAUUGGUAAAUAUUCAGCCAUUUCAGGAGGGAGCAUAUGAUCAAGAACUGAUGGUAUUAAGGGAAGAAGUACAAGCAGCACUGAAGGCAUUGCCAAAAAACAAGUGAGAUAUUUCAGUAAAUGGAUGUAACACAGGAAGCCAAGAAAUUUGGAAGACAGCUACCUGGCCAACCAACUGGAAGAGAUCCAUCUUUUUGCCCAUUCCAAAGAGAUAAUCCAACAGAAUGCAGAAAUUAUCAAACAAUAUUAUGAAUAUCACAUGCAAGUAAAAUUUUGCUGAAGAUAAUUUAAAAAUGGUUGCAGCAGUACAUCAACAGGGAACUGCGAGAAAUUCAAGCUGAAUUCAGAAGAGGAUGUGGAAUGAGGGAUAUCAUUGCUGAUGUCAGAUGGAUCUUAGCUGAAAGCAGAAAAUACCAGAAAGAUGUUUUACUGACUAUGCAAAGGCAUUCAGUUGUGUGAAUCAUAACAAAUUAUGGAUAACAUUUCAAAGAAUGGGAAUUCCAAAACACUUAAUUGCACUUAUACAGAACCUGUACAUAGACCAAGAGGCAGUUGUUCCAACGGAACAAGGGGAUAGUGUGUGAUUUGAAAUCAGGAAAGGUGUGCAUCAGGGUUGUUUGCUUUCACCACACUUAUCAAUCUGUAUGCCGAGCAAAUGAUCCGAGAAGCUGGACUAUAUGAAGAAGAACGUGGCAUCGGGAUUGGAGGAAGACUUGUUAACAACCUGCAACAUGCAGAUGACACAACCUUGCUUGCUGAAAGUGAAGAGGACUUGAAGCCCUUAUUGAUGAAGAUCAGAAACUACAGCCUACAGUAUGGAUUACACCUCAACAUAAAGAAAACGAAAAUCCACAAAACCGGACCAAUAAGUAACAUCAUGAUAAACAGAGAAAAGAUUGAAGUUGUCAAGGAUUUCAUUUUACUUGGAUCCACAAUCAACGCUUAUGGAAAGGGCAGUCAAGAUAUCAUAUGAUGCAUUGCAUCAGGCAAAUUGCUGUAAAAUACCUCUUUUAAGUGUUGAAAAGCAAAGGUGUCACUUUGAGGACUAAGGUUUACCUAAUCGAAGCAAUGGUAUUUUCAGUCACUUCAUAGGCAUGCGAAAGCUGGACAAUGAAAAAGAAUUGCCGAAGAAGAAUUGAUGCCUUUGAAUUAUGGUGUUGGUGAAGAAUACAGAAUAUACCAUGAACUGCCAGAAGAACGAACAAACCUGUCUUGGAAGAAGUACAGCCGUAAUGCUCCUUAGAAGUGAGGAUGGCGAGACUUCGUCUCACUUACUUUGGACGCGUUAUCAGGAGGAACUAGUUCCUGGAGAGGGAACAUCAUGCUUGGGAAUGGCAUUUACAUUACAGGAACGACAAAUGCUUGGCCUUCAAGGACUUCUACCUCCCAAAAUAGAGACACAAGAUAUUCAAGCCUUACGAUUCAAGAGAAACUUGAAAAAAAUGAGUGACCCUUUGGAAAAAUACAUCUAUAUCAUGGGAAUUCAGGAAAGAAAUGAGAAAUUAUUUUAUAGAAUACUAGAAGAUGAUAUUGAAAGUCUAAUGCCAAUUGUAUAUACACCGACAGUUGGCCUUGCCUGCUGCCAGUAUGGAAACAUCUUUAGAAGACCUAAGGGAUUAUUUAUUUCAAUCUCAGACAGAGGCCAUAUUAAAUCAAUUGUGGAUAACUGGCCAGAAAAUGAUGUUAAGGCCGUUGUGGUGACUGAUGGAGAGAGAAUUCUGGGUCUUGGAGAUCUGGGUGUCUAUGGAAUGGGAAUUCCAGUAGGAAAACUUUGUUUGUAUACAGCUUGUGCAGGAAUACGGCCUGAUAAAUGCCUGCCUGUGUGUAUUGACGUGGGAACUGAUAAUCCAGCACUCUUAAAAGAUCCAUUUUACUUGGGCUUGUAUCAGAAAAGAGAUCGCUCACAACGUUAUGAUGAUCUGAUUGAUGAGUUUAUGAAAGCCAUUACUGACAGAUAUGGCCGGAACACGCUUAUUCAGUUUGAAGACUUUGGAAAUCAUAACGCAUUCAGGUUCUUGAGAAAAUAUCGAGAAAAAUACUGUACCUUCAAUGAUGAUAUUCAAGGGACUGCUGCAGUAGCUCUCGCGGGUCUUCUUGCAGUACAAAAAGUUAUUGAUAAACCGAUCUCAGAACACAAAAUCUUAUUUCUUGGAGCAGGAGAGGCUGCUCUCGGAAUCGCAAACCUUAUAAUUAUGUCUAUGGUGGAAAAUGGCCUUUCAGAAGAAGAGGCACAAAAGAAAAUCUGGAUGUUCGACAAGUUUGGCUUAUUAGUUAAGGGACGGAAAUCUAAAAUAGAUACUCAUCAGGAACCAUUUGCUCACCUAGCCCCAGAGAGCAUACCUAAUACUUUUGAAGAUGCAGUAAAUGUACUUAAGCCUUCAGCUAUAAUUGGAGUUGCAGGUGCUGGCCGACUUUUUACUCCUAAUGUAAUCAAAGCCAUGGCCUCUAUCAAUGAAAGACCGGUCAUAUUUGCCUUAAGCAAUCCUACAGCAAAGGCUGAAUGCACGGCUGAGGAAGCAUAUACACUUACAGAGGGAAGGUGUCUGUUUGCAAGUGGCAGUCCAUUUGAGCCAGUGAGACUCAGUGAUGGGCAAGUAUUUAUGCCAGGUCAAGGGAACAAUGCAUAUAUAUUUCCAGGUGUGGCUUUAGCUGUUAUUCUCAGUGGCACCCGGCAUAUUUGUGACACUGUUUUCCUAGAAGCUGCAAAGGCACUAACAGGUCAAUUGACGGAUAAAGAGCUAUCCCGAGGGAGACUUUACCCUCCACUUGCUAAUAUUCAGGAAGUUUCUAUUAACAUUGCUAUUAAAGUUAUAGAAUACCUGUAUGCUAAGAAAAUGGCUUUCCGAUACCCAGAGCCUGAAGACAAAGCCAAGUAUGUUAGAGAAAGACUAUGGCGAAGUGAAUAUGAGUCCCUGCUGCCAGAUGUGUACGAGUGGCCAGAAUCCGCAUCAAAGCCUCCCCAGAUAGCAGACUAGAAGCACUCCUGCUGAUGAUCACUUUCCAUGCUUCAGGGAACCCCUUUUAUUCAGCAAAAAGAAAUAAUGUUCUCAAAUUUGUGGCUUUUUCCUGUGUUUUAUUCUCUCCCAACACUUUGCUUGUCUAAUUUUUGCCCACGGAUCUACACGUCUUUUGGAGGUAGAUGUGUCGACUGUAUUGCAAAUGCCCACCAGCACCCUACAAUCGAGUAACCAUAAUACUUUCAUUCUAACGUGUAGCCGGUACCACAUCAGAUGUUAAAAGGUGUGUUUGUAAACAUCUCCACUUGUAUUCUUGUUCACUCUUUCUAAAGUAUUUGCUCUUUACCAUUAUGGUAAUAAUCUUUUCUCACUGAAUUCUUUUAGGGCUAUUAAAAUAGAAACUCACUUCUGUAGAUGUGAGUACAAAAUUUUUAGAAGAAGCCAAAUUUAUCCAAUUUCUAAGGGAAAAUUAUUGUCAGUAUCUAAAAAUGCUCUUUCAUUUCUUCUUCAUCUUACCUUCCUCUUCUGAAGUUCCUUUACACUAGGCAAAUCUAGGGAAAUAUGAAAAAUGUACCCUAUUAUUUAUUUUCUGCAACUAGAUUCAGAUAAUAGUGUGAAAGAAAUGGGAACUGCUGUCUUUAGACGAGCAAAAGUCAUUGUUUCAACAGUGUAUAAAAAUCAUAGUCUAACUUUUUUAUUUAAUAAAAGUAACAUCUUGAAUUUAAUUGCUUUGAUUAUGCUAUUUUGUUGCCCGGCUGAAAAUUCAGGUUUGGUUAUCGUGAAAACCGUAUUUUUAUUUUCUUUACUUCUAGAUGAUUCUAAGGAUGGGGUACAGCUUACUUAAUGCAUAAAUUAUGACUAACGUGAUUUUUUAAAAGAAAUUAGUCGUGUUUCAUAUCUAAAUGAGUUGUAUGUAACUGGAGAGGCUACACCUUUCUUCCAACAAUGAUGUUCUUUAUUACUUAAGAUAAUUUUGGAAAUGUUCCUAUGAUACAUUCCUUUGAAUAUAAUUAGUGACAACACUAUCUCCGAUUUAGAGCUAAGUGAGAAUGACUGAAGUAGGUAUUCAAAAGGAAAUGCCAUUUUUAAUCCCAGUGAAAUGGGUAAAUAAUUGGCUAGUGAGGCCAGUUUUCAUGUGUAGCUUACAUAUUGGAGAGUUCUAAAGGAAAAUCCAAAAGCAUUUCGAGAAACAGUGGUUGCUUUGAGGGAACAAAAUUUUUAAAUGCUCAUUCUCAAAUAUUAACAAGAACAAAAAAUUAUUCAUAGUUACCUAUCAGCAUUCACAUUUUGAUUUUUCUCUCCACAGUCACUGAUAUGUUAGAAUGUGACAUUCGGUAAGGAAAAGGGGACUUCUUUUUUUUUCACCUACCGAUAGAUAGAGAUUAAUAAUAAUUCUGAAUAUAAUUUAACAUUUUAAGAGUGCUCCAAAUGCUGCUGUCAUUUGAAAAUGCAAUUGGUUAAUCCAUUUAAUAGAUGAGUAGUAAAAAGUCUGUUUCUAAAUCCGCUUCACAAAAUAAUCAGCUAAGGCACAAUACGUUUCUUUUAAUUAAGAUGGAAAGUUUGUUUUUCAUGUUAUCCUUGUCAAAAAAAAAAAAAAAAUCACCACUAAAAAUAUUCUCGUGUGAAAUCUUGAUUUCAGUUUAAUGUUACAAGUGUUUGUUGUUGUGUGCUGUCAAGUCGAUUCCCACUCAUAGUGGCCCUAUAGGUCAGGGUAGAACUGCCCUGUAGUUUCCUAGGCUGUGUUCUUUAUGGGCACUGACUGCCAGGACUUUUCUCCCUCGAAGAAAUAUUUUAAGAUUUAAGCUAAGAAUACAAGCAGGAACUAUUAGCAUUGAGGGGGUAGAACAGGGGAGGCCAUGAUGGCAUGAAAUUGAAAAAAAAAACUAAAACAUCUUGACUUUCUGUGGAAACUUUUACCUAGCAAGAAGUAAUUAUUUUAAAAAACAGCAAUGGAGAGUCACAUUCAUUCUUUUGAAUAGAGAAGACAUUCUGUAAAUUAGUUUGUCAAAUUAUUUAGUAGGAAAAAGUGAGAAUACAUGUUUUUCUAAUCUGGCACCACCACCUGUAGUGUGAAGCAAGCUGGAUAACUAGCAAAGCUAAGGGUCCCUGGUUGGUGGGAACUGUUAAUACACUUGCCUGCUAACUGAAGGGUUGGAGCUUUGAGUCCAACCAGAGGCACCUCAGAAGACCUGGUGAUCUACUUCUAAAAAAUCAGCCCUUAAAAACCCUGUGGAACACAGUUCUACUCUGACACGCAUGAGGUCGCCAUGGCUCCGAAUCAGCUCAGUGGCAACUCGGGGGGAAAAAGUCAGGAUAAGGCUAAAUAUGUAAGUCUAAUGGGGAAAGUUUUGAAGAUUUUGGUUAAAAUAUUUUUAAAAUAUGGAUUUUUAACCUGAAGGCUGCUUCAGGUUAACCCCUGGAGCUUGUUUAAAAUACAGAUGCCUCCGCUCCCCUCUCUCCCGGCCCACUGGACCACCUGUGAUUCUGAGGCACAUGCUUCCCCUGCCCCCACAAUCACUGCCUUUAAACAGACGUGAGAAUAAUCUGGAAAGCUAACAGAUUCCUGGGCACCGCCCGGAGACGCGAUUCGUGAGUCUGGGCUGGGACCUGAGAUUCUGCAUUUCUAACACACUCCGAGGUGACACUCAUGCUCCUGGUACACAGAACACAGAGUAGCACUGUGACAGCGUAUGGAGUGUGUAGUAAAAGUUCAGUGCUGUAAAUUAUAUACUUCAAUUUUAUAUGAAAAAGAUCAACUGAACUUAUGUUCUUAAACAGUUUUCACCCAGUUUUUAUAAGAACAAAAAUUAAUAUAGAACCUUUAAACAGAUUUUCUGAAAAUACAUAUAACUAGAAUACUGUUCAAUUCUAAGUUAUAGAUUUAAGUUAUUAAUGCCCAACAACCAAUAUUUUUCAUUUGUAAAAGAAGAUUAGCUAUCAAAUGGGUAUUUCUUCUCUGUUAUAUUUCAUGACAUGGCUUCCUCUACCCUUUGCCCUUUCUCUAAAUUAUCAGCCUCUCAAAGAAAUAGGAUUCUACAUUUCUGUGAAAGAGUUGCCUAUGAAUUAAGACCAAAGCAUAAUAAUUUUUAAGAGGUGUGCUGCAUUAGUUAUUGCUUUCAGGUAACUGAGAAAGGUAGCCCAAGGUGGAUGGUAAGGGAGUGGAGGAAGCCUUGCCGUAGAAAAAAGACUUCAUCUACAUGCUCCCGGAGGUUUUUUCCCAAGCCCAUUUUGUAUUUCCUCAAGGACUUUUGAAUACUUUGAAUCUUUCUGGAAUAGUUUUUUGCCAAUAAACUGACUCUUUUUAUGCCUAUUUAAUCUUGCUUUUUUCCAAGUAAAAACUUAACCACUUUGCUGUUUGGAAAGUUCUCCCUACAUACUGUGGUACUCAGUAUACUUUUUUAAGACUAAGGUUAAAUUUCUGGGUGUAUGUUCCUCAGUUUCCAGUGUUUCCUUUUAUGUUCUAGAGAUUAUUUUCCCUGCUUUCCUUAUUUUAAGUGUACAUUCUAGCAACUCAAUGAUUCCUGGAUAGUUACUGCAUUAUCACCAACACGUUUGGUAUGAAGUUUUUGGCAGAUAAUGAUAAACCUACUCUGUGCCAGGCAUUGUUGUAGGAUUUUACAGCAUCGGCACAUUCAGUCUUGAUAAUACCUCGCUAUUAUGCCUGUUUUACAGAGGAGGUCACAGAGGCAAGAGAGGUUAAACAACUUGCCCAAGGGGUCAGCUAGUAAUAGCCUAGUCAGGGCCCUUAGCUGCAGACCCCUCUCAGAGGGUAAGAAGGGCCUCUGUGAUCCAGGAAAUUUUACUGGGAUCUUAAAUACGUUAUCUUUAAGAUUGUUAUUUCAGAUGAAAAUUCAUCACCUAUUCUUACUAGACUAGCUUUAGAUUCUUUUACAGAGCCCUGGUGGUGCAGUGGUUAAAAUAAUUGACUCCUAAGCGAAAGGCUGGAGGCUUGAAACCACCAGGAGCAAUGUGGGAGAAAGAUUUAACAGUCUGCUUCUAUAGAGAUUUAUAGCCCUGGAAACCCUAUGGGGCAGUUCUGCCCUACACUGAGUCGCUAUGAGUUGGAAUUGAGUCAAUGGCAGUAGAUUGGGUUUGGUAGGUCCUUUUCAAUACAUUUUAGCAGUUCAUCUCAAAUGUAAUAUGUAAGUAUUCGAUGUAAGCAUAAAUGAUUUGAAUUUGAAUUUAAUAAAUGACACCAAAGAUUCUCAAUAGUUCACUAACAUCCUUUGAUUUGGUAAUCUUCACAGAACUACCUACUGCUGUCACUCCUGAGCACAUCACUUUCAAUAGCACCUGUAUCCUUUGUGAAUCCACCAGUGUCAAUGUGAAUUUGAAUUAUGAUACAUUUUAAAUGACAUAUGUUGUAUUAUAUGCAUAUGUAACUUCUUCCAUUAAAAGGUGAUAACAAUUAAAUAGUAACAAAGUGUGUGCGUGGAAUAAGGAAUUUCUGAGACAUAUUCUAGCUAAAUAUUUGACAAAAUUUUUACCCCAUGUUUUAUUAUACUUUGCCUAAUGACCUAUAAAGGUAACUGAAAUUAAAGCCAUAUUUUUGCAAUUGGUAUUUUUUGUGUUCCCUUUGGUAACAUCU